AUGUCCUCCUAUGGCCAACUGCUCAGCGCCCGCUGUGCUUCGCCCUGCGAGGUGACAUGCGCCCAGCCCUACGUCGACGCCUGCAGCGAGCCCUGCGUGGCCGCAUGCGGAGACUCCCGAGCCAUCGUCUACGCCCCGCCCGUGGUCGUGACAUUCCCGGGGCCCAUCAUCAGCUCCUGCCCCACCGAGAGCAUCGUUGGGUCGUCCAUCCCUGAAAUCGGCGGGGGAAUGGGGUCUGGAGGGGGUGGCAUGGGGUCUGGAGGAGGUGGGAUGGGGUCUGGAGGAGGUGGGAUGGGAUCUGGAGGAGGGAUGGGAUCUGGAGGCGGGGAAAUGGGAGGGGGCUCCUCCUGCGGGGGUGGGAUGUCACGGCUGGGGAGCCUCUACCGCGGCUCCUCCUAUUUCUCAGGCUACAAUAGGAAUUAUUACCCCUAUUAUUCCAGAGGGUACUACAGGUAUCGCUAUGGGAACUACGGGAACUACGGGAACUAUGGGAACUAUGGGCCUUUUUAA